GGGGUAGUGUUGGCUAAAUCUUGUGGAUCUAAAAAAUGAUUUCUGUAGCCUGUAUGUUUGUGAAACAUUUUCUUCAGCUGUCUGGUAUUCUGUCAACAGUCAGUCUACAGUUUCUUCAACAUCUGUAGAGGCUCUGUGAUAUUCCUGAAAGCUGGCUUGCAACAUGUAUUGGUCCUGAGAUUAUGUACAUGCAUACAGAGCUGUUUACUGUUCCCACUUCCAGUAUUUGGAAAGGUAAUUACACUAACGCACAUUCAUACAGAGAGAGAGAGGGAGAGCGAGAGAGAGAGAGAGAGAGAGAGAGAGUCCUUCCUCCCUCCUCCGGUUUCCUGUCAGAGCAGUGUGUGUGUGUGUGUGUGUGUGUGUGUGUGUGUGUGUGUGUGUGUGUUUUCAGCGUGAGUAUACAGAGUGGGUGUGUGUAUAAUUCAGCAGUGACUCUCCAGCUGCUGAGCGGAGUGGAGCGCACAGACGAGGGAAAACACCAAACUCAGUCCUCCUCUGAACUUCUCUAAACGUCAGCUUUCAUGUGAAUGUGAGUGUUUGGACAGAGGACACGCGGAAACAUGGCGGGACAGCUCUGCUCUUCAUCUUCAAGGGGAGUUUUAUCGAUCUUUCUCUUAACGGUGCUGCUGGAGUCCGGGACCGCCGGUAAGUUGCGCAUGUUCCUGACUUUAAUGACGCUCUUUUCUUAUUGCUCUGAGGUCAUAACGCCACUCGAUAAUGUCAGCUCCAAGGUAAUUAAAUCAAACGUGGACUGUGUGUCUGUAAUGAGCCUGGGAAACUUCUCCUGUAGCAAGUUACGCACGGCUCCGCGGAAAGCCGAGGACAGCCGGGCGCAACAGGUGACUCAACGGCGGACUCACGGCUCAGAAAUGCUCUUAGUGUUGGGUUCUCUUAUAGGCUUAUUUACUCACCGUGAUGCCAGCUGUGAAAGAGCAUAUCUAUAAUCGGUACUGAUAUGAAUAUCGGAGAGACAUUGGUUGAGAAGCACUGGUGGAAAUCCCUGAGAUCUGAUCGGACUUGAGAGUUUCGUGGUCCGUGGACCUAAGUGCAAAGUUGGGCUGCUGGCUUGCGUUUACUUCAUUAAAUAUCAUCAACAGAGUGGGGAAAAAACUAAAAUGAAUAAAAGAAAAAAUAAAUCAUUUGAUUCGUUUUGUUUACCAAAUCCUUCCUGUCUGAGUGAACUGACAGCAGUGAGUUUUAGUCCAAAAAUCAUGCUUGUUAGUGAAAGCAGGGGCCAUUCAAUCCAUCAGUUCUUCAUUUCAGGAACUUUGAUCUGAUAUUUAAUCAUUCUGCCAACUAAAGUGAUAGCUCUAAAUGCCCCUGUGGUUUAAAAGUCACCAAUUAUGAGUCUUUCUGUGAACGUUUGGUAGUGAUAUUAAUGUGAGUUUAUGCAAACUAGUGUUUGGCUGCACUGUUCAGUCAAGUCUGGAUGUUUUGUGCAUCAUUUCAGACGAGUGCUGCCUUAUCUUUGUAAAGGCAUCAGUGGUGUCCAGCUGUUUAUGUGGGUUUAUCUCUCUCCACUCUGAGCAUUCAGUGAGAAUUGAUCUGAGGUUAUGUGUUUAAGACUCACACUAAACAGGCUUGGUGGCACUUUCUCUCCUCUGCACUCUAAUCCAUGUGUUAACAGCUGUAUUUAACAGCCUUGGCAACUUUCCAUGUGUCAUAACACCUCCUGUACCGGUUAACCUCAGGAACUUCCCCAUGCCUGAUGGCAGGUGGGCAGAGUAAAUGCAGAAUAAUCCUGUCCUUGUUUCUUUGAAACUUUGUCGAUAUGUUGUUGCUUUUCUCCUUCUCCUCCUCUUCAUCUUCCCCAUGUCCCCUCUCUGCUGUUUGUUUCUGCCCUCCUUCUACCAUGAGUCCUAUUUUGAACGUGGAAAUCCCACAUACCACGACGACUGUGUGGCCCUGCUGCACUGUGUGUCAUAAACAGACACAUUUGAAGCAACACAAGAACACAUCCACAUGUGUCCCCCCUCAUCUGACCCAUGGACACAGUCCCUGUUAUUCUGACUUCUCCAGAGCACCUCGGCCUGGAGGAAGCUGCUCACCGCUCUCCCAGUACCAGAGCAGCUUGACAUUGUGGUUAUCCAAACACAAGGCCCGCACUCUGUUGUUUUUAUCUCGUCCUUCGUUGUUUGCUCUCAUUUGAUGUGGAUAACCAUCCGCUCAGAGGAAGGUUCGUUCUUCCUUCCUUUCCAGGGAAUCUUCACAUUUCCCAAUCCCUGUGCUGAGUCAAGAUAACGCCUGACACAAGCCAGCUGAAGGUGCCACUCAAACAGAAUGUGGGCUGAAAGGGAAACAGGAGGCUGCUUUCGAGAGGAGAUGGAUCAAUAUUUUCUUUUGGACACAGUGGGGUUGUUUUGUGGUGUUCUUGUAGCAUGUGCAGUUUAUAAGAGCUCAUCUCAGUAGGUGUGUGCAGGCCUUUCCUGUCCUGAUAUCUCCUGUGUUUACACUGAUGUUUCUGGGCCUCAGUGUGCAGAGGUGGAGCAGAGAGAGGGGGGUCAUCCACUUUAACCCUGUGAAGUGUCUCCCUUUGAUUUUUCACCAUAUUAGCUGACUUUCCCUUGCGCUCUCUUCUCUCCAUCUGCUUCAAUGACUCUGCAGGUCAAACGGAAUAAGGAGGGAGAGGUGGCAGGGAGAAAGAGAGGGAACACAGGAAGAUAAAGACGGAGGAAUGAGAGGAUUACAGCCAAGUUGGAGUGAGGGGGAUUAAGAGGGAGUCGUAGGUGGGAGGAUAACUUUCAGAGGCAGGGGGGCAGAGCUGAGUUGCCUGCUGGGUCAGUUAUGUAGCCCUGCAGCAGCCUCUUGCCAGUUGUCUCCUCUCGUUUCAGUGACAGGACUGCAAUUAAAAGAGGAAGGAUAUUUUUAAUUCUUUUCUCUGUUCUUCAGUCCAGUAUCAUAAUAUGACUUCGGGGGACCCAAGAUUUCUGAAGGAAGUAGACCAUAACCCUCCUACAUGUGAAUACCUGAAGCACAAACCACUUAUUUCCUUUUCAUUUCUGCAGCUUCAAAUACAGAAAUAGGAUUUUAAAAGAGGUUUCAAGUGACACAGUUUGCCUGUUGUGUAGAUUUGUCACUUUUUCCGUUCACACUGGAGCGGUUUGUAGCAGUGCAUCCUCUGUACGGGUUAUAAACUACAGUGACGUUUCCUGUCUGUGCGCUGACAUCCUCAGAGGGAGAAAGAGAGGAGAGGGGAGGAAAUUCAAAGAAGGGAGGACUUCUGAAUAUUUCAGCUCAUGUUAAGUUUCAGUGCUGGAAAACACAGUUCAGCUCAAAAAGAUAAUCUCAGUGUUGUUUUGUUUAUGUGAAAGAACCUCAGAACCUUUUUAAUGACAGAUUUGAACAUUUUGCCUUAAGAUUGGUGAUUAUGUUUCCGAUUAGAUUUCAGACUCAGUGUUCAAGCCACUCUCUUUGUCAGAACAGCAGCUUUUUAGUGAUAAACUUUGUGUUUCUGUGACCUCACAUGACAAUGACAGUGCCUGCUCUGGUAUUUUCACUCCUUUUGAUUCCAUUUACAGUAUUUUUAAUGCUUUUUCCUAGAAAAUCUUCUUUUCUUAUACAAAGAUAUUCUGACAAUGACAUUUAAAGUUAUGCUUUGGAUAUUUGAACAGCUGUCAGAUUCACAGAGUCUUUAAAGAGAACUGGUUUUAACUGGUUGUUACAGGUGAACUUUGUGUAAGUCAUUUCAGGAGACCACUUCUUUGUUUUUGGUGUGUGGUGCAUCAUUCAUUUAGCAGAGACAUGAUCAUACUUUGCACAGUGUUUUCAAAGUCAGCGCUGGUAUAAAUAAUAGUUAUUUAUUGGUCUUAGUUCCAGACAGAAGCAGGUCACAGUAGCACGGUUUCCCUCCUGCAGUCACAGAAGCACAAAGAAAUCUCACGUUCCAAUUACUGCCCCUUCAGGAGUCAUUACUUUCCUCCUCUGCUUUCCUGUGACGUACUCGGGUCACUGCUGUUUUCAUAGUGUAAUUCCUACACAUGAGCUGGCAGCAGGAAAAGUCUCAUAAAAAGAGAAAGUCAAAGUGCUUAAACAGCUCGAACCGUGACCCACAUAUCACAACAAAGCCUCUGCAUGGAUACUGUUAAACAGUGUGCUGCAGUGUUUGUCUUCAACCUUCUAACUCCUUUAGGACUGAAUUACUCCAUCUGUAUUUCUGUUGUAUGGGGUCGACCUCAUUGCAAAGAUCAUUGAGGCAUGUCCUUGAUGAGCAUGCUGCCACUGAUGUAGCAGAUGAUGAACCACCACUGGUUCAUGAGACUCGGGGUUGAGAAAUAAUUUGCCAACAUACAGUGAGUGUUUAUUCAGGAGGUAAUUCAACCAAGACCAAAUAAAUAGUGUCUUUUCAGGUCUACCACAGGGUUGAAACAUACAUACAUUUGCAUGUACAGUUAAGUUGAGCCACAGUUAAAGCUCCAGUAGGCUAGUUUACUGGGCUGCUGCCCUUGUCCAAGUGUACAAGCACCAGGGGUGGGAGAAAAAAUCGAUACAGCAUAGUAUCAUGAUAUUUUGUCAGGUAAUAUAAGCCCAUUUACCAAGUAUCUAUUUUUUCUGAUCAAUUGUUAAAAUAAGGUCAAAUCUAUGAUAAUGGAAAAAUAAAAUCAACUGUUUUUCCAGUGAGGUUGGCAGAGGUGACAUCAUAGAGCAGGAGAAAGUUAGUGCAAUAGUGUUGUGUCAUUCAAAAACCUUUUGUUCAAAAGAACAGAACUGCUGAGUGAACAACAUGAGUGGAAUCAACCCAAGAUCUGAUUCGUUCCUUUCUCAGUUCAGUUGAGCUCAGCUAUGAGUGUGGUGUGCCGGUCAGGAGUGGAACCGCCGCCUUUGACUCUUUGGCGAACGACACACAGCCAGCCAGCAAGGGAAUGGACGGGCGGAGUCUUGUGAUUUUCGCACAGUAAAUGAACGAUACACAUCAGUCAGACUGUGAACGAAACAAACAAACAACUUUUAAAUGACUAUCAGGCAGAGAAGGGAGGGGUGUAGCAUUGUUCACGAACUGCCAAGCACCAGUUCGUUCACCGUGGCUAAGAUAAAACAGUGCAUUAUAGUGCCUUUACACAAAUACAUGUCUAUAAACUUUUCUGUAAGAAGGAUUUAAUUUCAGCCGAUUAAGGUAAUACGCUAUUUGAUAUCUUUAAAAGUAACAGAGUGCUCGCUACAGCUGCUAUGUUUAUUUAUUUUUAAUCUCUCCAGUUUUCCGCGAUAUAAAAGAACAAUGAUACGUGCUCAUUUUGCAGGCGUGCUGCUUGCUGCUGUGUUGUUUCACUAGCGUCAUGAUGCGAACGUCGCUGGCACACAGAGAGGUGAGUUUUUCAGGGCAGGGUAGUGAAUCUUCCUUCACAACUUGGAGAAGGAACAACAUGUGCCACCUAGUGAAUGACGCUGUGACUUCAGCAGCAGGGGAGGAGAGGGUCUCAAUUAAUGAACAAACUCCCGAUCAGUACUGCUGUGUCAGUCACUCUCGCACUGCACCGAAGCACUGACUGAACUUUUGAACGAAUCAUUUUAAUGAACGGAUUCUCAAGAUUCAGUACAGUCAAAAGAACUGUUCUUCCCAUCACUAUGGUGCAACAAAUAUUGCAGCACCCGGGGAAAGACAUUAGAAAUGCAAACAGGGCACAAAUGAGAUGGAUCUGACACAUAAGGGGCUCUAUUUUCGUUCCUCGCCAGGGAAGUGGCGUAGGCGCAGCGUAAGUCAAGUCUGCCAGGGUGAGUGGCGCAGCCCGGCAUAAGUAUUCCCCUUCCCUAACUUAGCUCCUCCCAGCGGCGUAAGUCGUAAAGAGGCGUGGAGUGGGUUUAACACAGUCGAGACCUGUUUUCGCCAAUCAGAACCGCUCCUCUCCUCACCUUUAAAUCCGCCACCGGCAAGGCGUAUAACAAUUUUUGUUAAGUAUCAAAGAGAUCGAGAUGGCUGAACACAGCAACACCACACGAUGGCGACAGAAGGCAGCUUCUCAACAAGUGUCGUUGCAAGCGCUGCAGAGGGCGUCCUUCACACUGUCUCAUAUAAGCACAGAUGGAUUUGGUGUGUGUAAUGUUGGACCCACUGGUAAGACAAACACCCUUUUCCACAAAUAAAGACAAUCACAUAAAGUUGCAUAUAUUUAAACCUCAUAUGACAAAGGUGGGUUGUGCACACAGAUCACAACAUAAACUCCAAAAAUGGCAUUAAAAUCGGAACCAUCUGUGCGUAAAUGACGCAAACACGUGCCAAACGUGCUCAUCAGAUCAGAUAUAGAUAUAGAUGAAAUGUGCAUGAAACUGUGGAAACCUGCCAGUGAGGCAUUGGUUACGUUGCCGGUCUACCAAAAUACCUCUAGACCAGCUGCGCUCCGCCUGCGCUGACCAGGUUUGAAUCGGCGAGCUUUCAGCGCACUUUCUAUGCCACCACCGAGCACGAAAGUGUCACUGCGCCAGCUGAUUCAGACGACACCUCCCCCUGCUGUGCCACCAUGCCCAGCUUGGCGGACUUCGGUGCACCUCAGUCUACGAAAAUACCAAACUGGCUGUACACUGGGCUCUGCCAGAGGAAAACACCACUGCGUGGGGUCCGCCACCCUCCGGCCCUUUACGUUAUCUGUGCUACUCGCUAUACAGACCGUGUAUAAGCCUAAACGUUACCCUUCACAUUAGUGGAAGAGGGUCCGACAGGAUUUGAGGCGCUUGUUGAUGACUCAAAACAAGUCGAAAAUAACGCUGUCUGUUGUUGUGCUCACACAGUGCAUACAAAUCAUUAGUGGCGCAUUGAUAUUAAUGAUCAUGUGAAAUUUCAGUAGCGGCGUACGUAAUUUAGCAGUGCCGCUGCUGAAUGAAUGUAGGGUAAAUACUGCUGAUAUGUAUGAGUUCGAGGUAGCACUAUGUGAGAUAAAAACACAUUUUUUUUAGGUGUGGCGGCGCUUACUUAGCCGUGGUGGUGAGCCACAAUCAAUUGCAUGUAGGGGAAACGCUGGUGUAAAUAAGACAAACAUAAAGGAAAUAUAAAUGAUAAAUCAGCUGAACAAUUGAAAAAAAUGUUUAAAUCACAAUACAGUAUUGCGAUACUCACUGUAUUGCAAAAUGUCAAAAAUUGCAAUAAUGUAGUAUGGUGGCCCAAGUAUUUUGAUAGUAUCUCUUGCAAGGCCACUUGUGAUUCCCAACCCUAACAUGCACCAGGGGCCUCAUAUAGAAACAUAAGGCCCACACAAAACAGGGCCUGAAAGUGACGUACAGCACUCCCCAUGCUAGGUUUGUGAUCAUAAAUGCCAAACUUGACAGAAGAGCAAACUGAUCUAUCCAUGAGCAAGGUUUGGAGGCAGAGGGAAUUAGUGUUUCAGGUGUACAGAAAAUAAACUGAAGAUUGUAUAUAUGGUUUCUCUUUUUUUUUGCACAUGGAAUUCCAUGAAAUAUCAAUAUAGCACAUGACUGUUGUGAGUACUUAUUAGUAUGUUAUGAAGAGAUAGAAGCAUGUCAUAGAGACCGCAAAAUAUUUCAUCAGCUUAACUCACCUCCACAGUCCUCCAAACACAAAAGAGAAAACCAGAAGAGAAAGUCAGGUGUAAAAACUCAAAGUGGCAUCAACAGGAAAUUGAACAACUGUGACGCACAGUGACUGUGAUUGAAUCAGUCUCCUCUAACACUGUUCAGCAUCACUCAGUAUGAUGUUAACGGUUAUAGAGACUGCUGAGACCCAGGAACACCAGUGAACACACUGGUGUUAUAUGAGAAUAAUCAGUGCGGAUAUCCUGUAAACAUACAGACAUUUCAGUGACAAUCAUGAGAAAUCAAGAUGUAUGCACCGAGUGCUGCAGCAGGCUGGUGUCAACAGCUAUUUUUUAAAAUUUUAUUUUUCUUUCUAUUUUUUUUUGUGUGUGUGUGUGUGUGUGUGACCACCGUUUGUAUGUGUGAUGCUACUGGAAACCAACACCUUUGUCCAACUCAAGUAAGAUCUGCAAGAACUGUUUCCCAUGGGUUGAUUUUCACAUGAUGUGUGAUUUGCUUUUUCCCCAUGGUUCCACUCGUUAUGUAGAGCUAAAAAAAAAACUGUAUUGACCAAUUUGAAGCAAGUAUCUAACAUAGCUGGAUGAUGAGUAAGAAAGCCAGGUGAUAAUUUAGACAAAAAAUGCUUUAGGAUGAGGAGAAAACAUGUAAAAAUAUGAUGUGAUGCUGAUUAUUUCAAAACGCCAAUAACAAGACCAAUUAUUCAGACUGUCUACUUAUUAGCAUGUCUUAGACCCUGAAAGGAAACUGCUAUCCAAGGGGGUCAAACCAGUAACCUAGGGAUUGCCAGCUGUAACCACUGCACUACUGUGCUACCCAUGCACCUUUAAAUCUCCACAACAAACAAUAAAACAAGUCCUCAUCCAAAUAAAGUUGAACUAUCUCUUUAAAUAUACAUAAAUAUCCUAAAAGCACAUAAAUACAGAGCAAACAGCCUGGGUUCAAACAGACCCACACCAGCAAAGACUGGCUGACAACCAAAAACCAUCUGUUAAUGAGCUCCUAAUCAGUGUUACAUAAUGGUACAAUAAAGAUUAAACAACACCAUAAAAAAGACUCGCAGACUGCACAGAGAAACUCGACCUUCUCACUUAUACAGUCUUGGUGGCACUCUGUGGCUCUAAAUCGCAGGUUUUAUUUGUCUGGAGGUUGUGAGUGGGUGUUUUUUUUUUUUUCACUCUCUGUCCUGCCCCAAAGUCCUGACGCAGUGUGAUGGUAUGUGUCUUGAAAGUAUAUUAACUGUUUCAGCCAUUCAGACUGUUAUCGGGUGUUACACCCACCAUAUAAACACACACUGUAAAAGGAGAGUCUAAAGACAUAAGGGAGAGUGACGAGAACUCAUGCAAGUUCUCCUGUGGUUUGGUUUCAGAUCUCAGCUCUGUAGACGAGCUGCAGGUCAGGAGAUUGAACGAUAGCAGAGACUGUGGUCGCUGCAGUUGUUUUGUCUGUGUGUUAGAUUUCAGACUUGUGAGGAUUGUUGUUGUUGUUCAUGUUGAUCCAUUCAUCACAGUGAAGUGGUUAUCAGCAACAUCUGACAACCUCUCUCUUAGUCUAUCUGUCUCUAAAGUCCAAAGAUGUGAUCAUGCACUGAACCUGAACCCUUGGCCCACUUUUUCUGUCUGUAAUGUUUGGUGCUGGUGAAAACAGCCUCAAUGGUCAUUAAAAUAAUGUAAAAAUAACAGCAAAUCAAGCAGUACAGCUGACUGAAUUGAGUACUGUAAGUAGAAGAAUAUAGUAGAGCUGCAGGGUAUGCAGAAGUACUGGAACUAAACAACAUGAAUGUGGGUUGUUUUUGUCUCAACAACACAUUCAUGAGCGAAUUCCUUAAUGGGCAUAUUAUUUAAAGAGCUUAAGCCUGUGGCUGUAACUCUUGCUGUUGUCUCUUGCUUUUGCAACCCAGCUCCUCCUUUUAUUUCAUUGCUGAUGUCUACUCACUGAGGGUCUUUGCUGCUGCUCUCCCUGCCUUGGCUUUUUAUGUAAGCACACGAAGCAGAAGGGAGAUUGCAUUAGAAGUAAAAUCGAUGUAAAGAUGUGAUGGCAAGUUCUUGUUGAGGACGUGAUUGGCAGGAAUGAGGCAAUAAGAAUAUGCAAGUAUGACAAGUUGUGCACAUGAUUGAAGUUAAUUCGUGAUGGGUUCACUCUGUCUUUAUUGCUCCAAUAAUUGUGGGGAGUUGAAAGAUUUGAAUACUGGCGCCAAAAUAGCCAUUUAGCACAGAGAUCCCUCAGUGUCUAAUGUCAAUCAUGGAGAGGUGGAGGUUCAUUUGUCUGGAGGAUGGGGAACAAGCUGAUGACUGUACACAGCUACCCUGAGGUAUGAUGUCUCUCAAGGUAGCUUGUUUUUCAGUGGAAACACCUGGAGGAAAGAGAGUGAGGAGGUUGGUUUAAAUUGUGCAAACUCAACAAAUCCUCACAAGGGAGUCAGCCUCAACUGAAGUGACUGAAAUGGCAUGAAGGAAACGCUCCUGUCUUGCACAUGAAUGAAGCAAAUCAUUAUGCAUGAGAAAGUGUCCAAAUAUACUUCUCUUCAAUCAAAGAAGUCCUGAUGAAACUCAUUUUGUUGUAGGUCGACUGGCAGAUGUUAGUUUGUUUGUUUACCUUUGCACAGUGGCAAAGAAGGCUUUAGCAUAAGGACUUGAUGACAGUGGUGUGAGCUUUGGCCCACUUUGCAGGAAUGCAGUGUGAACUCAAAAAUCCUUUUGUCAUCUGAUGUUAGACAAACUAGUUGAUCUGAAGGAGUGAAAGCAGCCCUCUUUGGACUGUAUAUAACAUCCACAUUCUGACACCAAGUUAUUACAAUUUACCUGGGCAGAAAAAAACACAUGUCACAUGUAAAUAUGUAAAAGCUGCCUUGCCUGUAUCCUGUCUUAAUAUUAUUCUCCUACUCUGUUUUUCGGUGAUACAUGAUGUUAAUUUGUCAGCUCUGCAAAUUUUGGACCUCCAUUCCAAUUCCAUCCACGUUUGGAGUUGUGUUUCAAACAUGAGGUGGCGUUCCCCUCAACUUUCCAAGCUGAGAACUAAUAUUUCCUUAUAUUCUGACACCACAUAAAGAAAAGGUCAGGCUCUGGCUGCAGUAUGAAAAGGCGGAGUAACACCUUCUCUAAUGGGACACUGUGAUACGCUUUUAUUUUCCAAGUACAUAGGGUUUGGCAGUUGUUCCUAAUGCUGUAUUUCAGAUGUUCUUUAAGGAAAAAAGGCACAUAAGAGAGGGAACUCACUUCAGGUUUCUAAAAACUCUUAAUGAAUAAUUGCAUUGAACCAAAGAGGCAAACAGAACUGAACCUUAACCACGUCAGCGUUGUUCAGAAGAGUAGGAAAAGCUGACAUUCAUGCAUGCUAAAGAGCUGGAAGGAAUUCAGUGUAUGGCUCAGUGAAGCUGAACCAGCACAGAUGCUUGGCAACAAGAAGGCUUAUACUCAGACCUCCCUGCAGAGGAAGGGUUUCUCCAACUGUAAAACCACCUUGCUGCACCACAACACCUGCAUACAAUACCCAGAGCUACACCCCAUCAUUUAAUUUCUACUUAAAAUGAGCUACAUAAGACCUUUGUUUUAUUUCUCCAAUUAAAAGUAUGGUUUUAAACUUUAAGAACAAGCUAUGUGACUCUCAUAGCUUAACCCUCCAGUGCUUCUUCUGCAGCCUGUCCUGAAGCAGCAGCUUCAGCAGGUCUGAACAGGUCACAGAGCAGCUUAGGCAGCUCAGGUCCUUCUCGUAAGAAUGAUAGAGAGAAGAUUGUAGUGAUUACACUGCCAGCCCAGGCAGCAGCACACCGUGGUAUCACAUGCAUACCAUGAAAGCAGCCAGGUGAUGAACUUAAACACUUUUACCUUAAACACAGGGCUCAGGAGCAUACAUGAUGACUGCAACUAUAAACUGCUCUUCAACCAAAGCACAUCGAGGGGGUCAGGUGGAGUGUUUUUCUCAGCACCUUAUUUAAAGGUACAGCCAGGAAAGGAUAAACUGAUCUUCCCUCCUCACUUGCAAAAAUCUUGCAUCACAUUCUCACUAGAUCAGAAAACACUGUAUCUGACCAUUAUGCUUUCAUCUUAAAAAUAUAAAACCAGGCUCAUGUCUUAUUUCAGGAAAUCCCUUCAGCAUGAUGUUUUUGAAGGUAUUUAAAGAUCCUCUGUCUGGUUUUGGCUCAUGUAUCUGAAGUGGUUUGAUGUUAGAAAUUGCUUCAGCUUGGCCCAUGCUGCCUAUUUUUUCAGCUGUGGUUGUCUGUGUCGAUCGUUAACUUUGCUCUCAGCCUAUUUUUGUUCGACUUGAUGGUUUCCUUCAGCUUCUUGUUGCAUGUUUGAGGUGGUUCAUCUUGGACCCAGAAGUCCAGCUUGGUGGAGGUGUUUCCCCAUUUGUGGUUGCCUGUGUUGACAGGUGGUUAUGAUCCAACCUGGUGAGAUUCAGGAGACUGGAGCUUUUUCAUCAUUCAAACCUACAGUGUGUAACAGUUUCUGGAUUAAUCAACAAAUCCUCCAUCCAAAUCUUUGUUUUUCAUCCAUCUAUCCAUAUGGUCAGCCAUUAUUUAUAACGCUUCUCCUGUAUUUGGAUGCAGGGGCCUGGAGAGGGAGAGAUGGGGUUCACCCUGGAUAAGUUGCCAGUCCAUGACAGGGCAGACUUACAGAGACAAAACAAGUUACAGUCACGCUCACAUUUAUACCUACAAGCAAGUCAGAGACACUAAUAAACCUGAUGAGCAUGUCCCAAGUGUAUCUGGAUAGGUAGAGGAGAACAUGCAAACUCCUCACAGAAAGCCUGUAGGGUCUGAUCCCUCUCUAUCCUCUGUUCAACAAAAGCCCAAAGAUUUCAACUUUGAAAUAGUUUAAAAGUAGUAUAAAAAUAGUAACUAAGUAUCUGACUAAGCACAGACCUCUUUAUUUAGAGUGUUCAUCUGGACUGAAACAAAUGUUAAGCUCAGAUCUUGAAGCACUUAACCACAGUGCCACAGAGGACGAUCCUCAAGAGCUGCAGACUGUUUCCUAGUUUGUGCCUCAAAUUGUGGUCAUGCACUAGUGUCCAUAAAUUUGGGAUGAUUGUUGUUCUCCUUGUCUUACUGACAGUGUUGACUCCUGUUGAGUUUCUUCUUGUCAUAUUCAGGUGUCUGAGUAGUGGGACUGGAUUUCAUUUUUCACUUGCUGCUACCCUGCUUUCUAUCCAAACUUUACAUGAUGUAAACUAGUCAAACGCAGAAUCCUCAUUGAAAUACCACUGUUUCCACAGUCUUUACAUCUGUCGUCAUACAAGCAGGUCUUAGUUGAUCAUCCAUGAGAUGCACACCAGCAAAACAAGCAAUUUGAUUUGUUGUGAAUGCAGUUUAGCAGUCUUCUUAUGUGAGUUAUUUGUAAUCAGGCACAUGAUGCCUGAAACUCCCCUCCAAUAUUUGAAGAGGACAAAGAAGCAUGGGUAAAGAGGGCUGAUGAGCUCUGAAAACUGUGACACUUUCAGUGUGCUGACAGUGUGUGUGUGUGUGUGUGUGUGUGUGUGUGUGUGUGUGUGUGUGUGUGUGUGUGUGUGUGUGUGUGUGUGUGUGUGUGUGUGUGUGUGUGUGUGUGUGUCGCAGGUAUGCUCCACCUCUACCCUCUCCGGCAGCUCUGUAAGUUCUGUGAUGUGGAGCUGUCCUCCUGUAGUGGUACAGGGACCUGCAUCACCAACUGUUCCAUCACAUCCAUCUGCAGUGACGUCAGCGAGGUCUGCGUCUCUAUCUGGUAGGUACCUGACAGCAGAACAGCACCUCCGUCUCUGAUGUGUGAUCUUUUCGAUAACCAAAAGUAACCUUUUAAAUAAUGACAUCUCCACUCUGGUUGUCUGUUUGCCUUCAGGAGGAGGAAUGAAACAGACUUUUCCAUCGAGACUCUCUGUCACGAUCCAUCCAAGUCUCUGUAUGGCAUCAUGCUGGACGACUACAACAGCUCCACCUGUGUGAUGAAGGAGAAAAACACAACGAGGGGGAUGGCUCACGUGUGCUCCUGUUCGAAAGAGGACGAGUGCAACGACAUGCUGUUAUUCUCCCCCAGUGAGUUGAUGACAUUCUCACUUUCUAAGCAGGAAAGAGUUACACCUUUAAUGUCGAUGUCAGCCUCAGAUCAGUUCUUAGUUUUGGUUUUUAUGACCUAUAAUCACUUUUUCACUUUGGUGUUUCAGCUCUUGCCUGUUUGGUUUUCGGUCAGAGACGGUGGUAGUUUUCAGGAAACACUGUGACUCAUUUCUCUCCCUCUUUAUCAGCCCUUAGCCAGCAGUCCCUGUGGUGCAUACAGCUGAUCAAUAACAAAAGAUUGUAAAAGAUUGCAACCAGGAAAGAAAAGGAAUAUAAAUGUGGGUGUUAUGUGGUCAUAAAUGAGUGAUGAUUCACUUGUUGAUGGAUCACUUAAUGAUGCUUUGACUAAUACAGGGGUCAAACUCAGACCAAAGAUGUGGUUUUUUCAUUGUUCAGUAAAUUCACUUUUGGCCAUUCAAUAUUGUGAUAGCAAAAAUACUGAGAUACUUAUGAAAUGCUUGAAAACAUUACAAUCACUCAAAUUAAAGGAAGGCUAGACAAAGAUUGAGGAGCACAUAACUUCAACCCAAUUAUGUGUUAUCAGCCCUGUCUGAAACCUCUUCAGAGACGGCGUUACCUCUUUCAACUUUACUGUCUUCUUUGGUUGUAUCAUUUCCUGCAUUGUUAAACUGUGCUUUUACUUUGAAGUUUACUACUACUACUACUGGUAGAUGAUAAGUCACAGAACUAAAUAAAAUCAGUUAAGAAAACGGUCAGAAAGUCUAUUUCCUCUGCAAAAUGAAAUGUGCUCACAGCCUGAAACAAAACCCAGUUUUUCUGUGCCUGUAUCUGAGCUGAUUACAAGUUAGUUUGAGUCAGAAUUUCCAAUAAGGGACCUGCUGACAUCUGGCUUCAAAACAUCCCCCCAGAAACCGAUGUGUGACGUCACUGAAACUAACUUCAUGUUUGAUACAGUCAGUGAUUCCAUUUCCAGUAUGUAAGACACUGACUUUGGGCUUCAUUAAAUCUUUCAGAUCCAGUUUGUGAUCCAUGUUUUAUACAAUCUACACCUCAAACAGUGAUCUGUUAUUUUCUAAACACUCUUCAUAUGGCUGCAGAGACAAACUAUGUUAACCACUCCCUUCUCUGCAUGCGUUAAAGCUUUGCAGAAGGACAGCAUAUCAGUUCGAACACAUCUGCUUCUGCAAGUUUGAUUAAUCAACUGUUAAUUCAUUCAGCUAUCUUUGCAGACAGAUGUACACUUUUUCAGAAACCAUUUUAUACAUAAAUGAGUGGCUAAAUGCUGCCAUUCACUAUCGCGCUCUCAUUUCUCACAUAUCUUUUCCUCCAGUUUAUCACCUCCUCCUCCUCUUCUUCUUUGCAUACAUUUUUCUUCUUAGACUCUAUCUGACCACAGACAUGGAAACUGUGUGUAUUUUGGCAUGUAACUCCGUACGUAUGUGUGUUUCAGAAGAGGGGAGUGUUUUCAGGACUCAUUACUGUCACGUCUGUACCGUGGAGAAAAAAGCACCACGUCACAAACAGGAAUUGGAAAUGUGGGGUUUGUGUCACAUGUAGAUAACUCUGGGGGACUCCUCAGUGUGGUCACAGACUCUCAGCUGUCUGUGUUUGGCUGCUGCCUUUCUCACCCCUGAGAGGAAAAUGGUUUUCUGUCUCAGGCACUGUGUGUGUGUGUGUGUGUGUGUGUGUGUGUGUGUGUGUGUGUGUGUGUGUGUGUGUGUGUGUGUGUGUGUGUGCGUGUGUGUGUGUGUGUGUGUGUGUGCGUGUGCGCAUACGCAUACGUGUGGCUGUGUAGACCGGCCACGCUGAAGAGCUCAGACAUAUGGUUUCCUGUCUGUGUUUAGCUCAAAUCAGAAACAUCUCCUGCACAUGUGAGCAGGCCCCAUUCACACAGAACACCUCUGUGGUGACUGACAGUGAAGAAGCCUCAGUCCACGUCUGAGUGCAGAUAAUUUUCACACAUGUUUCAGAGUUUUUGAGUCCUCUUACUCUACUCUGAUCCAUGCCCUACUUGCAGCACUGUAAACUUUUACACCUGCUCUAUUUCUGUUUCAAAAUAAGUGUGGGUGGCAAAAGUAUGGUCAGUGGUUGAAGAAGUAGCAGAAGGUCACACAUGAGAAAAAGUUCAGAUGGAAAACCAGAAAAUGACUUAAGAUGGAGUAAGACUUAGCUCUUAGUAUAUAUGAGUUUUAGCUGGGUUUGAAACAGACUGAAAGUAAGUGUGAUGCCUCUUUAUUAGCAGCAAAUGCAAACAAGACCAGGAUGAGGGUUUUUUGCAUUUUAAUGCCUUGAACUGCAGCACAGGGUAGGUGUCAGGUGUGGGUGAAAGACAGCUGAGCAGAGAGAUUUGUGCUACCAUAUCAUCCACAGGGGCGCCAUAAUCAACUGAAACUGUCAGUCCCCGUAGGAGCUUUGAGCAUGAAAAAUAAUAAUAUUACAUUACCAUACUGACCUAAAUAAAAGAUCUAAAAAAGAAAAACAAUCAUAUCAUAUAUUUAAGGUUUAUUAAUUAAACGUCAGAUUUCGUCACAACGUUUGCACCCUUUGUGACUAAGACCAGGUGUGACAAAGGCAGAGUCUCACUAUCAUGAAUUUGACUCUUCUUCUUUAAAGGGGAUUCAGUGAGCUUCUGUUGCACAUUGAGCGCAUCUUCAUUGGCAUGAUCUCACAUCAAAACAGCAAUUCUGUGGGCAGUAGUUUAGUAAUAAUUUAAACUGUCAUGCAGCUGUGGGCGGUGUUUACAGUUCCCACUUAGUUAUGUUUGACUCAUCUCUGUAUGUGGUUAUACUUCACUCUGAUCACUCUGUGUUUUACUUCCUUCAGUGAUCAACAGCUAUCUGUAACAGAGUGAGGGUGCUUUGGUAUGUAUUUGGUAAUGGUACAUACAGUAUUAAGCCUUUCAUGCUACAUUUGGCGAGCUUUGAUGGUCCAGCAAGGAUGUAUAGGGUGGAAAUACUAAUCCUAUCAGUCCAUAUUUUGGUGGAAAAGCCACAUACCCACUCAUGUAUGGAUGCAGAGGCCUGAGGGUAAGGGUUGUGGUUCCUUCCUCCCAUUGAGGACACAUGCAGCAGGAAGUUCUUGUUAUUGUUUACUGGACCACUGCCACGGCUGAUUCCUCUACAAAUGCCUCACAUUGUUCCUCCCCAGUGCUGCAUUCUUCUGACGUGCCUGGAAUAGUGUCUGUGGAUUGGGUUUAUUGCUCAAGUGUUACACUUGUUGAUCAUCUCAUGUGUGAGGGAGUGAGAGUGUUUUUGUAUCCAAACAUGUUAAAAAUAUCACCAUGAGGGAGUGAAACUUGUGAUCCAACCACAGCAGAUGCUAGUUGGCCUGAUAGAAGUGAGGCUGAUAUGCAGAUGUGUGCUGUGUCAGACUGAAAGUAAGAAUAGGGAGCAGAAGCAGCAGAUGAAGAUAAUAGACUGAUGAUAAUGUUAACAGCCACAGUUAGAGGUGAGCAGCUCUGAAGUGCAGUGUCCUGAACUGCAGUGACCCCAAUCUGAGACUAGGACUGGAGUCAUGCUUCUGUCGCAUAAUGUGACCCUCAACCUCCAAAGACUCAAGUUUUGGGACUCAUGGAAAAUCGUUCUAUAGAGUCUUAUGUCUUAAUAACAUCACAAACUUAGUUUAUUCGCUCUUUUCAUGUGUAAUCUCUUUCAUCUGGAGCGUGAGCAGCUUCACCACAGCGAGCACCUCACCUGCAGCUGCUACAGCAGUGUUUCUCUCACUUAGAUUAUAACUAGGCAGGCAUCUUAAGCAUAUUUUUUGACUAUUUGAACCCUUUUUUUUCUGUUUAAAAAAGAACACAUUAAUAUUUAAAGAUCUCCCAUUGCUCUGUACCUCUGAUCAUGUUGCAAAUGGUAUCUGAGAGCUACAUUUUGACUCUGACAUUCUUGACGUCCCUGUUUUUGAUUCGGUGACUGAGGUCAGUCUCUCAUGAUAUUUAUGGACCUCGUGAUAUUUUCUAGUUUUUUAUGCAGCUGGUUGCUCUUAGUUUUGGAUCAUUGUUAACAAGCGUUGUCCUCACACAGAGCUACUGGUGUGAUGUUUGGGGUCCUGCUGAUGAGACGUAAAGAAACUGUUAGAAGGAAGAGGUCACAGUGCUGCUUAAGGAGGAGAAAUGCAAGAUGAUACGUUUGAAUAAAUGCAGUCCCGUGUUUAUGACCAAGGCUACUGGCACUUCAUUGUGCUAUUUGAAACACUGAUAAUCAUGAUAAUUGAAGUAAGAUAUGUACAGGUUUGGCAGCUGGUGUCUGGAAGGUCUACAGCAGCAUCUUAUUUGCAGAAACCUAUGAGAUAAGGGGGCUCCAAACUCCCAGGAUGAUAUAUCCCGAUUGAGCAUGAGGACAGAAAAGUGGUUGUGUGCAUUAAUAUCACAUAUGCACAUAGAUGAAGAGAGGAUCUGGGUGUGCCAGAUCCUGUGGCUGCAUGACUGGGAGGUGGUCCAGGAGUGAGCCAGCUGCUAAAAACAGUAAAGGGGCUGUCUGUGAUGAAUGCAGAGGAGAGGACGCGUUCACAGAAAGGCUCUUCCUCCUCUUUGUUGACUUUAGGUGCCAAAGAUUGGUGACAUGUUUUUAACAUCGAACCGUCCAAGACUAACUGGUUUUUAAGAUGGUCCACAUUUUUCCAGACAGAAAGUGAUCAGAGUCUAUCCUCUUCACUCAGAGGGACAUACUUGGACCUCUAUGACUGCAUUUGUUUCACAUUAAAAUCCUGUAAAGAUGAUUUGGAGCAGACUGACACCGCCUCUCAGUUGGCAUCACUUACACAUGUGUUUCAGAGCUUGUGAAGCUGUUUCAGUGAGAGGGGGAGGCAUUGGUAGUAAAUACUAACUUUUCAUAGUAACAUGCUAUUUGUUUUAGUGUUGUACUUACAGCUGUGCUCUUGUGAAAGUCAGUUUUACAUGCUCAGAGGCACGCUAUGUGAGGAAUGAGAUGAGUGGAGAACUAAUUCAUUUCUGACUGGGAUUACUGGACUUGUACUGUCUGUGUUUUUGCACAGAUGUUGCCUGAUUUCCUUCAAGUAAUUUCAUGGGUUAUUUAAGCAUCUCUCUUGAUAAAUGAAAAUCUGUGUCAUGGCACGGAGUGGGGAUUUUUUGCUGAAAAAUAAAGAAUAGAAAAGAUGAGAAUAAGGAAAAGGAAAAACUACAAGAUGACUACUCUGUGCAGCCAGCAAAGAGGAAGUGGAAAAGAAGAAGACUAUAACUGAAAGAGUGUCUCUGUGCAUAUUCCAGGAUCUGCUUUUUCAUAUACUUAUUUUUUACAGUUCGUCCUUCACUGGAAAAUCUUGGCUCUCAGUCAGGGCGCACAUCAGUCUGCUUUAUAGAGAAAUGACUCAAACAGACCCACACUAAGCUGCAUUAAAAAGAGAGCAAGAAAAAGAAGAAACACGCCUUGGUGUCAGGUCAGAGAGCACUGAGCGGGGAUGAGGAAGCAGAGCGAGACAGUAACAGUGUGACAGAGAGGUGUUGAAGGGGAGUGGAUGGAGAACUGCUGAGACAUGAGCCAUGUUAGUGAAGUGGUCCCGGUCCCUGUUACCAUCACAAAUAAAUAAAGGGUGUAAUACUCACUUUUAGUUAGAGUCACCAGCCUCCCUGUGGUCGGAUUCCUCCACACCACCCUCCGCCAUAAUAUGAUACCAGCCCGGAUAAAGACAGGUUAUUUAUACUCUUAGAGGAUCAAAACUGCUGAAGGGACAGUGGUAAACAACUUUGAAAAUACACUCCAUCUAAUAUGCUGAAAAUUCAUAAAGUCUGAGCGUCAAAUGACUCCAAACAAUCGUGAAAGGAUGUCCCAGAGCCUUGAAAAAGAGGAAAUAUCACGGUGAUAAUGUAGCUUCAUCUUUUUGGCAACAAAGUGGUCAAGACAGGAGCUUCAAACAUUUUUAAAACAGUGUCAGUCAAUAGCAAACACAGCUGAAAGACAUAAUAACUACUAUGUAUUUAAAAAUAAUAAACCUUCACUGCACCAGAUGCACUGACAACUACAGCAAGGACAGUCAACAUGUUAGCUAAUUAACUAAAGUGAUAUCAAGAAAUCAGCAUCUUAUUUCAACAGGACGGCUAAAAGAGAUGGAAAGUUUGAAUAGCAGAAAGGUCAGAGGUUUGCACCCUCUGUAGCACGGAUGCUGGCAUUUGCACUAGAGCAUGACACGGGAGCAGAUUUUCACUCCUGUCCCGUCCCACUCCCAGAGAAAAAAUCCCGUCCCGUCCCAAUCCUGGACCAGAGUAAAAAAAUUAAUCCUGUCCUGUCCCACUCCCGUAGAAUGACUCCCACUCCUAUCCCGCUCCCACUCAGAAUUACUCCCACUCCUGUCCGGCUCCCAUUUGAAUAAAACCAAACAUGUUGAAAAAACGUUGCAUUUCUUUUAUUUUAGGUAAAAGUGCAGUGCAAAAUAUGCAUAAAUAAAGGGGCAGCCGACUCGGAGCGGCAGUUGCUCCCGGCGACACCCGCAGAGUCGCUUUUCACUUCCAGUGGUGACAGGAAGUCAAACCACUGUUGUAGUUCUUUUGUGUUGCUAGCGUGGUCAAGAAUGUUGGCUUCCGAAAAAUGUCAUCUUCUAAUUUGCACAUCAGUCAGUGAUGCUGCAGAAAACAAGUUUGAUGAGAAUGGUGGACAGACAAGAUGAAAAGAAACAUCACAUAAAACAAGGUGUCACUUUCCAACGCCUUUUGAAAUUCUACAAAAUAUGUCAGAUUGAAGUGCCACUUUCUUUGACCUUGGACCCCCUUUUUUAAAGCAGACAUGUGAAAGACCAGCACUAGACUUCCUCAGACCUUUAGCAUGGGUAAAUAUCAAGUCCAUGCCCCUUUUGUGUAUUGGUUCAAAUCUAUGUCACAGCCUGCCACAGCAUGAAUUUUGCAGUCCCACGUUUGUUUAUUCAACACACUUACUUUAAAUGUAGUCCUCACCUGGCUGAGUUUUAUUUCUCCCAUCACCCAUGCAGCCAUGUUGGCGGGUCAAUUUAACGGGGUGUGAGUCUCUCUCCAUCUUUCAUCCCCUCGGUUGCAGUAGUUGUGAGUAGUUGCAGUAGUUGUCUGACCUCAGUGGCGAGUACAGUCACUGUUGUGAACAAUACAGAUCUUUUAAAGUGAAGACCCCAACUCAAAGACCAUUGCAUGUUUUAAAAUGCUGUCCAAGGAAAAAUAAAGCUAAUGGUCAGGUCAGUUCAGUUCCCUAACACUGGAGCCGAGAGUGCAACUUUGAUUUCUGUCUUUUGCCUCACUAGUAAGAUAAAACAGCUUUACUUUGUUUAUCUUGUAAUCACAGGUUAAGCCUCUUUUUACUGUUUAGGUUUAUGAAUUUACGACUGACUUGAUAAGAAGUCCAAGUCUCUUGAAGGCAGGUAUGGCAGUGUCUUAUCAUACUAUCAUACAUUCUACAUACCAUCAUAAAGCUAUCAUGUGUUAGACAUGACAUCACCCUUCACCUGUUAGUGGUUAUCGUCUCCAUUUCACUGUUACAGUUAGACUCCCUCAGAUCUGCUGGUGACGCACAGGGUUGUAGCUGCUCAAUAAACACAGAAAUAUGCAAGGAUGUCUGACAUUUUAACAUCUAAAUUAGUUUUUUUCUGUUUUUUCUUUCUAUGAUGCCAGCAAGUGAUCCGUAAACCUAAAGAUCAGAAAAAGUGUCAGGCUUUAAGAGUUUAAGUGUGAUCAAGCUCCUGUAAGUUAUGACAUUUAAAGCCUCAUUAGAAACAUUUGACUAGAACAGGAGACAAACUGGCACAUUGAAGAGAUGUUAGAAGUGUGUUUCAACAGCCUCACUGUUUAUAAUGGCUUCCAUCUAUUGGACCAUCACCUGUUUGGAGCAUGAAAUCAUGUCUGGCUCUGUCAUUUUCCGAGCGCAAAGUUCCUCUUUAAUAUCCAACUCACAGCUUUAUUAUUCACCAAACGCUGUAAGGAUCCAAGUAAUUAGCAAGCGGUUAGAGCAUUAAGAGAGUGAGUCAGAGAUGGCAGGACAUGAAAAACACACACACACACACACACACACACACACACACACACACGCAGUACACUCACACUGAUUACAUGUGUAGUAACAAGCCAGAGGCAAGGAUUCCUCCAUUAGUCUGAAUGAUGUGUCAAACCUCACUGAACCCUGCAUGAGAACACACUGGCAUCCUGAUUGGAAAAGGCAACAUGAGUCCUGUUUGCAGCCAUGUUUCAGCCUCAAAUACACGCAAAGCCAGGAAACAAACCUGAGACCCUAAAAAACCUUUACGCAAUCUUUAAAAACUUUGAAGUGUACACACAUGAGUAGACACCUGGCCUUAAAGCAGCAGCGUCUAACUGUCUGACAGUCUCGUUCACAACCAGAUUUACUGCCACACUUUGAAGUUGUUUCAAAUCUAAAAAUGUUCAUGUGCGCUCUUUGGUGAGUGAUUUUGAUUGACGGUAUCCGCAGCUUCACCAAAGCACUCUCAGAAAGAUUUACUGUCGAACACUCACACACAGACACUGCCGCACAAUCACAAAAUGAAGAUCUUAUUUAUUUCACUGUAAAUAUUUCAACUUAACAUCACAGACAGCAUCACAGAUCAUGAUAGAUUUGAAUGCAAUAGUUUCUCUAAAUACAGAGUCUGAAGCAUGAGAGAGAGAGACUAUUUUAAAAGUUUUGUAGCUGUGUAAUUAUAUGAGAGUUUGUGCUUUUGGCUGAUUAAAAUAGCAACAGCCCUCAGCAUACAUGUUUUAUAGACACUAGAUCAAGUGUUGGCAUGACUAAGAUUGUCACUAAGUGUUUGUUUCACAUAGUUGUUAGUCUUUGCUGCUUCAUGGUGGCAUUGCAAGACUAGCCAAACAGGCGUGUUGUACCAUUAUCUAUAUCUUCAAGAAGUUGUCACACCCAAAGCUGCUCCAAAUUGGAAAAAAACAAUGUGAACAAAUAAUUAGAGUUUGCAACAUGGAUGGCUAGCUUGACCAAAAAGUAACUACAACAUCUUCAAAACACACUGAACAACACUCAGGACUGAAUUCAAUAAGAAGGAUCCUCAGCUGCUCAUUGCACCAAGACCUGCUCAUUAUUUGCCCCCACCAUCUGCUGUGCAGAGCUGCGCUGUGCACUCUCAUCCUGUAGCAUUGUUUUAUGCAUGCUCUGGGUUUCUAGACAGAGAAAUAAUAAAUAAUAAAGAAUUAUAAUAGUGACAUAUAAUAAUUUAGAGAGUUGAAGUUUCCUGUUAUAUCAAUUGUUAUGGGAAACUAGAUCUGAUGAGAUGAUCAUAGCUUUUCAUUCAUUUUCAAAUAUUUUAAAAAACUGUAACAAUGUCUGAUUACCUGUGGAGCCUUUGUGGGGCUUCGCAGCAUUCAGUCAUGGGCCCUUCUUCUGUGGAAAUUCUGAAUGCAGACCAGACGCAGGGUGGUGCGACUUCUUCAGUGGUCAGUCCUUGGCCUGAGCUCUUUCACUCAGUGCAGCAGCUUCGCUCAAAGGGAUAAUGUUCCCCUAAGAGACUCAAUGAGACGCUCUUUGAAAAGGGAGCCAGCCAGAGCAGACCAUGCUGAGAUGGGCCAGGCCGGGCCAGACAGGCUCUUGACUGUUUUCUCCCUGACGCUGGAGCUCUGAGGGUUGGCUGCUGCCCUGUCCAGGCUGGCAGUCAGAGUUUGAGGAGGUAGUUAAUGCUAUAGCUCAUGAAGCCAUAAAGGCUGCUCACACUGUUGGCAGUGUCCACCACUUUCCACUGAGUGCACAGUCAGCUACUUACUGAGAUCACACACUUAUACAGAUACAGAAAAACUCAGAGUAACAAUGAAAAGAACAGGAUUUACAGCCGUGUAUGGAGUGAGGAACAGCGGGCUGUGUUUAUAGUGCAGCUCUCUAGAAUGACCUCCCUGUGGUGGGCGUGCUUGUAUUGGACUGUGGCUAAGUGAGUAGUGGGAGGAAAUUGCAGUUUGCUGCUGCUGCAUGCAUCACCCAAAACACACAGGUUAAGCAGUGUGUCCUUCAGAGACCAGAGAACUGCGCUGCCUUCACUUUCUGUCAGUUUACUGUUGAGAUGGUGGACCAAACAAUCAGGAUCUAGUCUUUAGCAUGGUUGAUUGGUAAGGAAGUGUGGGCAUGUUUUUUAUUUUUUAUUUUUGGAUCAGCUUCAUCUCACUCUCUCUCUCCUUUAACCACACAAGCUUUGUGGAACAAAAAUAUUUGUCAUGACUGUCAUAAUGUCAUAUUCAGUUUACAAACACUGAGGGGCUUAAGCUAUCAGUUUGUGUACAUGUGCAAGGGGAUUUGAUUGGACUACUCUAUUGACAAGCACCAGGCAAUAAUCAAUAUUAACUAAGUAAGUAUGUCUGCCUCCACUGCAGUAGGUGGGGACAUGCCCCCUUUCAGCUCAUCUCUCAUUUGACCUAUGACAUCAUGGACCAAAACAACCAACAAACCCCUUAGCAACAGGAUGUAUGUAGAACUAUGAAAACAUUAACUACAGCUCUGUACCUGUUAACCAAACAACACAACAACUUUGUCUUUUCUUAACAUCCCCUUUUCUUCUUCAUCUUCUUCUUUUUCUUCUUCUUCUCCUCCUUGUUCAUUAUCUUCUUCUUUUUCUCCUUCAGAGAUUUUUUUCGCCAGCCAACUUUCUAGCAAUGCAUUUGUGCUGUUCAGUUUUAGUCUAACUGAGGCCUGUAUAUGCAAGAGGAAAUAUAUUCCUAACUGUAUAUCUAGGUUUGUUUGUCCAACCAUGAGAGGUUCCUGUUAAUGUACUCUCCUGUUUAAAUAUAAUUGAAAAGUCCAGAUCCAGUCGUUCUAAUUCAAUAAUUCAAUGAUUGAACAACAUGUAAACAUGCUAAAUGAAAAUAACACUUUUUAACCCUGUGUCCUCUUUUUCCUUUUAUUUGAAAGUUAAUAUUACAGAGAAAGGUCGUAGCAGCAGUAAGCUCCAGUUGAGUGUAACACUUUGUGGCUUAAACAUCUUGAUAAGUGGGUUUGCAGUUUCUUUUGAAUAUGCACGGCUGCUCUACAGGAAGAAACACUCAAACCACGUCACCUGUGGCUUGCAUCAUGAACAAAGGUCAGAUAUUCGCUGACCUCCAACUGAAAAACAACCAGUUUAUUCAAUCGUGGUUUAAACACAUGCAUCAGCAGUUUUGGGGGCUUUGUCAAGGAUAUGAUUUUACUUCUAAAAUGCUGCAAUAAUCAAGAGAUGUUAAAGUAAUACUGAUGUGGCGUUAAAGCACAUUGGCUGUAAUGAAAAUGAGCAUUAAUACCACCAAAGUUUACCACACUGACAUCCAGGUUUGGAUAAUGUGCACAUUUAUGGUAUACACAGUCAGAGAGGUGUUUGAGUUCACAUAAGCACAGUAGUUUGAAAGUCUUUGUUUGCUUCAAACAGUUUAAAAAAUGACUGCCAUCCCUGUUUUCAAAUGGAGCACUUGUACCUGUUGUGGCUGGUACAGUAAAAAAAAAAAUAACACUUCUGGGUAUGUUUGCCCACUACCCACAGGUAGCAAGAACAAGCUGCAAAGUGGCUUGACAGCAAACAGUUAUGAGUCAUUAUUCUGGCUGUUACCUCAAUCAGCACAGCCUCUGUUACACACAUCCUCACAUAUGAUUUCUACAACCUAGUUCAAAGUGUUGAUGUUCCAGAGAACCCGCAGGCUGUUUAAUGCUUAGAUGGGGAAUUUUUUACUCUGUUAUGCAGUAAGUGCUGCUGGGAUUACCCCCAGUGUGUGGGCUCACUGUAUAUGGUCAUGGGGUUCAGUGUAAAUCCUGUUUGCAUCUCUGUUUUAUCAAGGGUCGUGUGUUUUUUAUGAACCUCUGAACAUCCUAUUGAAUGUUGUACUCUGCCUUGCUUUACAGAAGUGGAUCCAACCGAAGAGGUCCAAUUGGUGUCUGUGAUUCUGGUGAGCCUGCUGCCUCUGGUGGUCAUGGGAAUCGUAGUCGUGGGGAUGUUCUACUGGUACAGAGCUCAUCGGCAGCGCAUGCACAACAGAGAAUGGGAGAGCAACGUCAAGAAGCGGAAACCAAAACCUGGUCUGGACUGCAGUGACGCCUGUGCCAUCAUGAUGGAUGAUGACAGGUCUGACAGCAGUUCGACGCACGCCAAUAACCUGAACCACAACACUGAGCCGCUGCCUAUAGAGCUGGACCUGCUGGUAAGCAGACCUACACCUGUUGUGUGGAGCUGCUCUUCUCUGAAAUCCUGAUCAAGGUCUGACCAGUGUUUGUUUCCUGUUACAGGUAGGAAAAGGUCGCUUUGCUCAGGUAUACAAGGCCAAACUGAAGCAGACAACCUCAGAUCAGUUUGAGACUGUGGCUGUUAAGAUUUUCCCCUAUGAGGAGUACGCUUCCUGGAAGAACGAGAAGGACAUCUUCUCCAACACAGACCUCAGACACGAGAACAUCCUCCACUUCCUCACAGCUGAGGAGAGGAAGGUGGAGAAACAGUACUGGCUCAUCACCGCCUUCCACUCCAGAGGAAACCUACAGGUGAGAGCAGCACUAUCAGGUAACCCAACAUGAGUGGGCCUGUGUAACUCUAUGAAGAUGAGCUUUACUGUGCAUACAGCAGUAUUUAUGUCAUUAUCAACCUUGUCAUAUCUACCUACACCAUUUCUUACAUCCCUUUGCCCUCCAGGAGCACUUGACCCGUAGUGUGAUCAGCUGGGAGGAGCUGCAGGUGCUGGGAAGCUCAUUGGCCCGGGGUGUCGCCCACCUCCAUAGUGACCGCCUCCCCUGUGGACGCCCAAAGGUAGGACAGAGUGAUUAUAACCAUGUGACAGCUGAAGAACUUCAUACUGGGGCUUAUCAUUUAAAACAACUAUGAUGAUUAUAGGUGUAAAUCCUUUAAUAUCUCACAACUAAUAUAUUUAAAUUCUGACCCCUUUAUUUAAUUCAAAAUCAAUUAUCGAGUCAAACCAAUUCACAACUGUCUUUUGUUCCACAGAUAUGCUAAUUACAGGAUGUAAUUAUUAGUUAUAAUACGAUAUACCACUGACAAAAGGGAAAAUGUGUUUUAGUUAAUGCAACUUUUGUAAUCAAGAGAGCAAUUAUGAAAAUACACCCUGCCAACACUGAGACAAAGGGUUAUAUUUUUGCUAAACUUGCAGUAUGAAUCUUUUUCAAACCUCAGUUUUUAGUGACUUAAUGAAAUAUUUUAAGAGCAAAAAGUUGAGUAUAGACAUGAAAUACAUACUUACAUAAUUCAUGGAAGACUUUGGCUAGCUGACUCUGUAUUUACUGGGGUCUUUAUUUCAAAUGCUUCAGAGUCAGAAUCAUUCACUGAACCGGUCCCCAGUGGCAGUAGAGGAUACACUCUGGCUGUGAGCAUGAAGGGUUGAAGGUCUGUCCAAAUGAAACAGGCGAUAUAUUAUGAUCGUCUUUUUGCUAAAGCAGGGUAGUUGUGUAGUGUGCAUGAAUCAACUGUUCCCUUUCUUUAAACUUUAGGCGCUGGCAUAUGACUUCAGCCUAACUUUCUCACUUUGCAAAUGGAGAUUGUUACAUCAAGCCUGUUUAUAUCCAGUGGACUGCAGUAUCAAAAGAGUGCCCAAACAUCAGCAUUCUCAUCAGACCAAUUUUCUCACUGCUACACAAAAUAGGGACAGCAGUAGCGAGCAUGUUAAUGAUGGCAGCUGCCCAGGACAUACCCUGUUGGUGGAUAAAAAACACUGUCUACAGCAGGUUUCCGAAGUAUAAAUUGGCUCCUAGUGAAACAAAAACAUAUUCACAAACAAAAUGUUUGACUUUUCAAAUUGGGUUCAUAAAGUAGAUAUUAAGAACUGCAAAUCUGACAUGAACCAAUUUUCCUACAACCCAAAUGACAAUUGCUGUCACUGUCUCAAUAGCCACAGGGAGGAAUGAUAAAAAUAACAUCUCGAGGGUAUUACAUGUGUCUACAUGUUCUGAGCUGAGAGCUCUCUUCUUUUGUACCUAAAGGUGGCCAUAGUCCAUCGAGACCUGAAGAGCUCCAACAUCCUGGUGAAGAAUGACCUGACCUGCUGCCUGUGUGACUUUGGGCUGGGACUGAGUCUGGACAGUAGCCUGUCAGUGGAUGACUUGGCCAACAGCGGACAGGUAUCCUCUCUAAUUCAAUGGAUCAUUUUUCUGAAUCUCUUUUUUUAAACUAGAUUUUAUCCUGAUACUGACUCAAAAGUCAUGGCACUAAGGUUUAGUCUUCAGUCCUCUAGAUUUGAAAUGUCAGCAUUGUAGAAGUGGUCCUUUAGGUUGACUGCCACACGUCUUUCAUCGGAAGAGAGACGAAGAAGAAAAAGUAGCAGACUGUCUAUAAACUCGCUGUAAAGUUCCUCAGAGAGAUGAUUGAACACUUAAAAAGUGACAUUCAAAGAUUCAUUAUGAAUCUAAAAACAAUGUUACAGCUGGCAGAUCUUAAGAUUACCAAAAAGCGAUCUGUGUGAAAUUGUGUUUUUCAAAAUAAAAGUGUGAUUUGACAGUACAGAAAAUAACGGGGGAGGGACAAACGACAAUGUGGUCAUUUAGUUAGUUUAAAGAGUUGCUUGCUUUGAUUACAGGGAUAUGGAUGUAAAAAGCACACUGAAAUAUAAGGAGUAGAAGUACAGAAGAGGACAAUAAUGAACAAAAAGUCAUAGCAAAAACUACAGAAGGUGCAGUGCUUGGAUUAAUAACUUAAAUGUGACCCUGUCAAAGACUCCCAUGACUUGGACUCUCUGUAGUCUCAAAUCAAAGUUCUGCUGUCAUGUGUGAGAUGUAUUGGCAGAAAAAGCGAAGUUGGUAAAAGAAGUGUUUGCUGUAAUAGAAGCAGCUCUGUUUUGGUAUUUUUUGGAUGGGAUAUGAACUGACUGUAUUUGUUUUUUCGUCCUUCAGCCGGGUCCUCUGUGUGUUCAUGUGUUUUGAUGGGAAUCAGAGAAUCAGAGGAAACCUGACAGAUACAGACAGGUGAUAAAAGGAUGAGGGCGUGGUUAAAACGGGCUUCAUUUAAUCAUGUUAAUUCCUCAAACAACUUUUAGUUUAUUUUAUAUCACAUCCUCUGUUAGGGACAGGUGAGACUGUGGGGACUUUCAGUUAGACACCUUUAACCCCUUUAUUCACUCAAACUGCUGUGUACUCACGCAUAGACACACAUCUAUGUACAGGUCCAUGCAGCACAUGCAAACAAUCUUGCAAUGCAUUUCCAAAUAAUGAUCCAUAGUUAUUAUUUUAAUCUAAAUUAGUGACUAGAAACUGAAGCUGGUGUGUGUUGAUGCAGUCUAGCUAAAAAGAGGAUGUAAACUCAGCUGCACAUUUUUCCUGCAAGAAGAAAGUCACAGGUAUUAUGUCAGCACCAUUUUGCAGACUUAGCCAGCAAGUUUCUUUGUCAUUUUGUGUUGAGCCACAGUUAUGUAAUGCUGCAAACUAAGGUUAAGUGCCUAUCAAGACUUAUUUAGUCUUAGUCAAAGUGGUCCUGUUAGAUAAUUUGUUAUUUUGGUUCCCAACUUUUCUGACAACUUUUAUCAAAUUUUCUGAUUCUGACAUGAAGGGUUGCUAACAUCAGGCACUGGUAUGCAGAUUGAUACGGAGUCAUGCAAAAACAUCACUUAAAACAAGCAGCUAAGGUAUUUCCCGUAUACCGUGUGACAUUAUCAGCUGUUUUCUUCUAAUUCAGAAUCCUUGAUGUCGGCAGAAACUGAUCACCCAAGAUGUGCAAAAUUGAAAAGCUAAAUUCGAGCUCAACUUGACUUUAACACCAUAACUUAGGUUUAAAUGACCCUUUCAAUAUCAACUUUGUUGUUUAAACCCAUUUUUACUCAAUAUGCUGUAUUUUUGGUUGCCUGUGUGGGUGCUACACCAAAGCCCAUUUACAGAAAAGCCCACCCAACCCAAAUGAAGCCCCUGUAGGUUCCAUUUUGAAGUUUCUGGAGAUUGAUAAGCUAUGUUUGAUAUUGAUUGAUAAGCUUUAGAUUUUGGACAUUGUGAAGUACAUUUUGCCUGCAGACAGGACCUAGCAUGUGUAACUUGAUCUGUGUUUUCAUUGUCAAAAAUUGAGACUAACAUGUGACAAGUAAAACAGAAAUUAAGUGUCUUUGUUGUUUGAUGUUUUUUUGGAAAGUCCAGAAAUAUGAAACAAGGAACUCGUCUGCAGGUUACCGAAACACGGCAGCUUAACAGCAACUUGGAAACUUUUGAUAUGCACCUUUAGAUUUAGCAUCAUUAGAUUAGUUCACAUGUGUUUACACCCAACAACCCCUUCAAUAACUACAAAAGAAAAUGGCAAAUUUUGUCUUUUAUCUGAUUCGAUCUUGUAUGCAACAACCGAGCAGCGAGCUCCAGCCUUUAAGAAUGAAGCUCAUGCUGAGGUGCUAAAACUGCAGUUCCUCAAGUGUCUACUUAUGGCUGGUUCCAAGAGCUAGAAAACCAUGUACACAAACCUUAAUAAAACCAAUCCUUACAGCAGGCAUAGACAUGUGAACAGCCUGAUAUUGAAAAUAAGUUUGGUCUGAAUGGCGUAAUUCUUUAUCUGUUCUCAGGCUCAUUCGCUAUGUUUAAGGUUAUGAGUUUGGCGGUCUGUGGUAACAACAUAUGAAUCCAGGAGGUGAGUCUUGUCCCUGUGACUGUGGUGAAUUAUUUUCUCUUUGUACUUCAGGUGGGUACAGCGCGAUACAUGGCUCCUGAGGUGCUGGAGGCCCGACUGAAUCUGGAGAACAUGGAGUCUUUCAAACAGACCGACAUUUACUCCAUGGCCCUGGUGCUUUGGGAGAUGACGUCCAGAUGUGAAGCUGUUGGAGGUCAGUACAUGUCGGUAUAUCAACUAGUUUAAUAUUUAGGGAUGUGGGAAAUGUGGUGUGUAACACAAGGCCACAUACUGGUUUAAAGAGUCUAAUGUAUCGUGUCGGUAAGUAGAUUAGUGGGAUGAGUCACAACACAUCAUUUGCACAGAGUUAUUACAACAACACAGCCUGUUGGAGUUUGUAGCUGCAGCAGCAGUUUGUGAAUUUAUGUGCUAAAACCACUUAAAACUCCCAUCAGCUGUUAGUAAGAGAAACCACAGAACUGCAAUGGACUAUCUUCAUCAUAUAAACCUGAAAAAUCUGACAAACUGUCAUCAUGUACAGAUCCCUGUUAAAGAGGAACCCACAGGGACAUUAGAUAGUGAGAAUCAGGAGCGAGAUCAUGCCAUUUGUGACUGAAAAUCACAACACAGAUAACAGAGCUUAUGCCAGCCACUUCUUAGUUAACAAUUAGAAGCAAUUAAAAACAACAAAUGCAAUAAAAGAAGAAAACUGAUUAUUUUACUGUCAAAUUUGUCUUUUCAACUUGACAAAAGGGCAGAUUUUUACAAUGUUUUGUCUUUUUGACUUAUUAUUAAUCAUGGAGCGGUGAAAUGACCAGAAUUUGUCAGAAAAUUGGCGUUUAAACAACUUACAGCCUGCAAUAUAGUGGUAAUAUAUUAGAGUGUGAUGUAAGAGGAAGAUGGCAUCAGUAAGAGUAUGAUCCAAUUAUUCAAAUCUCAAGACUCCUAAACUCUGUGAAGGUUAUUUUAGCUUGAUCUUAAUCACACCAGCCAUAAGCAUAAAAUGUACAAAUGUAACAUGUCCUGCUUUUAAACAAAUUUUUGAAUGGAUAAAUAAUGAGGCCGUGACUUUCAGGAGGUAAAUCUUCUUUUCUUCACUUCUUGGUUUGAAAACACUAAGAGGCCAACAGGAUGAAAACAGGUCGCCGCUCAACACGGUUCAAACACUCCAACAGGGAACAACGUGAUCGUUCUGAGGUCACUGCUGACGCUUGCUCACAUGCUUUUAGCACAUUUAGACUCAUAAGAUAAAGAGGAACACAGUUCAAUGCAUGCUAAUAACAGACAUCCAGUCUAGGUACAGACACAGGUCAGCCUGGCAGCAUUGUAUACAGAAUUAAAAAACACAUGAUGUGGAUAACAGCGGUUCUGCAGCUCUAAUGUACUCAGUCAGACUCUGCCUCUUUUGACACCAGAAAAUCUCCAUCUAAAGCAAAUCAGACAAACACUGAUGAGUUCACCUCUGAUUCUGUGCAUCAUUGCUAUCAUUCUUCACCUUUUUUAUUCUGCUGUGAUUGUUUUUCCACUUUGAAGGUCUGUGACCCACAUCCUGCAGACAAGAGGUUCAGCUUCAGUUUUAGUUAUGCAGUGAUAGGGGGUGGGGGGUGUUAAGUGUCAACAGUGAGUCUGAUGGUCGUGUCUGUCAGACAGCACCUCGACCUCAGCUCCAGGUCUGCAGCCGGAAUCUGAGGAAUGUCUGAUAUGUGAAGGAGACAAUCUGCUGUUGCCCUUCUUUGGGCAGGAAAUCAGGGAGAGACAGCAACAGUGGCUACUGUACCUGUUAUAGCUGCCUGUGCAUGUGUGAGUGAGAGUGUGCAAGUGUCUGUGGUCAUGAGGGGAAACGUUCACAGAAGAGCAGGAAAACUAAAGCAAGGAGAUCUUUCCUCCUUGGGUUAGAGUGAGGGUAAGUCUGUGUGCAUGACUAGCUGUGGAGUGUGCAACAAAGUUACUCCUGACCCACCAAUGUGUGUUCAGGUGCAACAAGUAUUUCUAUUUUAAGGAAGAACAGGAGAAUACUGACAAUCUAAUGCAUUAUUACCCCUGGUAUUUUCCUCUCUGGAGUUGAGUCACAUUACACACAGAGAGACUGGAAUACACACACAUGCAAAAACAGGGUCCUAUAAAGAAGCACUAUCAGAGAUAGAUGUCAGAGUGAGGGGGCUGCACGUGGGCCAGAGCCCCAUGCCAUUAGGGCUUAAGUGUCUUGAGCAAGGUCACCUCACCAGUGUCCAGAUGAGCCGGCACCUGCUCAGCUAUUAGCCCAACUACCAGAUUUGGUCCAUACUGAGGCUUGAACCAGCACCCCACAGGCCCUCAAAUCAAGCCAAAUCAAGACAAUUGUUAAGUCAGCUCCUUUUACUGAAGACUAAAGUAGAAGCCGGUCUUGCUCCUGAUAAAUUUGAGAGAGUGAUACAUGCUGCUCUAACACCUCGUCCUCACUCGUAUAAUUCUUUGUAUGGAAAGAAAAAGGGAGACUAUGAUCACACCCCUCACACUAUUUACACUCUCAUCUGUCACUGGAUGGUUUUAAAAUGUUGUUGCUGCCCUUUAAGGCCCUUAAUGGGGUAGCACUAACUUAUUUGCUGUGUACCUGAUUAUACAAUUUUUUUUUUUUUUGACCAGUAAACAUUUAUCUUUGCUGUAAAGCUAAGCUUCUAAGAAAAGGUAUGUUUGUGCUCUCUUGGCUUUUGGAUCUAACCGGACUUCUGUGGAACUGCAGUUUCCUCCCUCUGCAUUGGUUUAAUUUCUCUCAGACCGGAGAUUGCAGCUUGAUUCAAACAGAAAUUUACAGGUUUCAGAGAGGGUUUUUUUUGUUUUGUUUUCUUGUCUGAGCUCAAACAAAUGCUGUGCCUGUUUGAUAUGAUUAAUGAUACAAUAUUUCAUAAAUUUAUAAUUGAAGUAAAGGCACUAUGAAAUCAGCAUCAGUGGGAUACAUUUUUACCCAAAGUUCAAAACCUCCUGUGGUUCCCCUGAACUACUCUCCUAAGAGCAGAAGAGCAGUAGGGCUGUCAGCCCCACCUUGAUCCCCUGGCUGGCUGUUUUUUUUCUGGACUCUUUGAGACAUUUAGAACCAGACAGCCACAUUCCAGCAUCUGUGUGUUUGUCUGUGUGUUUAUUUCAGAGACAGCUUCAUAGAAAUAGAGGAAGAGAGAUGGACGGCCCGACAGACGCCCUCAUCUCGCCCUGUGUCUGUCUCACUUUGAACGCUGUAUGUGUGUGUGUGUGUGUGUGUGUGUGUGUGUGUCUCCUCUGUCUCCACCCCAACAACAGGGUAGAGAAUGGUGGAUAGAAAUACUACCCUGUGCUGGCAUUGUUGUUGUGGUCAGUUAUAGUACAACUUCAGUGAGUCUCUGAGCAUUUUAUUUACAUGUCCCGAAUUAGCCUGGAGGGUGCGGCGGGUUCUGCCUGUUCUGUCUGAGGCUCGUGAAUGAGACGGUUUUUGGUACCAGCUGGCUGGGGGUGUGGUUUUAACUGGCUGGGGUAAAGGCAGAGAGACAGAAGAGGUUUUACAAGUUAAAGAAGCAUUUUCAACAUAAAGAGAAACACUUAUAUUCCUUCUUGAUAUAAUAUGUUUCUGAGUGUAGUCACAAUUAAACACCUCCAGCACGCAACUCAACUCUUACCCACAACUUGUCAAAGUCACAUUUGUGUUUUGAAAUGUCAGUAAGUGUUCAAUGUGGUGGCUGUGGCUCAGUGGUAGUCAGUAAACUUUCAUUCUGACGGUUUGUAGUUUAAUCCCAUCUUCUGGUAUCCAUUUGAAAACACUGAACCUCAAAUUCCCCCAGUGGUAAAGCCAGCGCUGUGUGAACACAUGGGAUUGGUUGAUACUGAUGAGCACCUCAAAUAGCCACGUCUUUUAUCUGUGUGUAAAUGUGGUAUAAAUGGGUGACCUUUGGGCUGCACAAUUUAGGAGAAAAAUGAUACAGUGGUCCUUUUUUUCUUUCUGCAGUAAAUGUUGCAAUAUUAUGUUAAUCCGCCUGUAAACAUAUUCAUUUUUGCUCAAAAAAAGCUUUUUUUGGCCUUGUGUCUACGUGGUUUUUAAUGUUUAUGCAGACAGCCUGAAGCAGGUAUUGUAGUUUUUAGCACUUGUGCAUCAGCUCCAAUCUUCUAGACUCGAGCACAGAGACAAGAGGAGAAGAGAGUAUAAGUGGAGCACUACUUUACUUUAACUAUAAUAAUAGAGCAAAGCAGUUGAUUGGCAUGUAAUCAAUAAUUUAAGAAUUCCUGACAUUUUUUUUACUGUCUUCUUGUGUGCAUCCACUGCAGGUGUAGCAACCGAAAGUAAAUACUCUGUGGUCCCAUGAGCGGUUUGUAAGCUCAUCAUGCAUAUAUCUGAUGUAUCAUCAUGCAUUUGCAUGAUGCAUGUAGGUUUACAUUCUGCAGUCCCAAGACACACAGACCCACACAGACUCAGGCUGCAUGCACAGCAGUCAGUACUCUGUUGCUGGAGUAAAAUCUCCUAAAUGUCUUUGUGUGAAAUUCCUAAAAGUGGGCAAAUUGAGAUAAAAUAACCAAACCUUUUGUGUGCAACAGGACAGAAAUAUAAGCCAUGAUGGUCUGGGAUUUCUUUCCUUCCUGUUGUUUAAUCUGCUGCAGAAAUACAACUCUGACAUGAUUUUACUAAAGUGUGCAUUUAAAUGUAUUUCUCAUGUCAGAGUUGGCUCUUAGAAAGGCUGACUCGUUCAUGCCUGUGGUCAGUCCUGGUUUGAUUACCUCUUUAGGUGACUGUCAAGCUGGGCCUUGCUUUAGUUUAGGAAGCUAACUGUAUCCAAGUCUAUUGAACUUCCUUUGUCAUACAGCCCUCUGAUUCUGGCUGGUGUCUCCUCUCUUCCUCUGUCUUCUUUAAGCCAAACCGAAACAUCUCAAACUGCACUGAUGACACACUUUCACAGCACCCUAAUGUGCUCACCACAAACGUGCAGCUGUGAGCCAAUAACUCUCUCCUGAGGUGUGUGGAGAGGUUUUAUUUUGAUCAGUGGGCGUGGUCCUUUAGAGUUCAUGCUGGUUUACUUCGUCUUCUUCUGUAGUUUGUUUUACAGCUGUGUGGGAUCAGUCUCAUGUUGUACGCCUGUGGAGAGACUGAGGUCUCUGAUGCUGUGUUUCGUUUAAGAUUUCAGAUCCCAGACAGCACAGACAGCCACAGAGGUUUCUGCUAACCUCCAGGCCACAAAGGUUUCAGACAGAUAAUCUGAAAAGGAAACUGUCGUAAACCACUUUCCGCCCCUUGGAUUGGAUAUACCAGAUUUUAACUACAGGCCCCAGACAGUGAGGGAAAGUGAGACUGAGGCUCUGGUUGCAGCCUCUUGUGAAAUCUGUUCUCGAACCACGGAUGAAAUUCUUCUCAUAACUUCUAAAUGUCCAGAGCUGUUAUGGAGGAGCAGGCCAGGAGCAGACCACUUUUUUGUCUUCAAAAUAUCAGCCUGAAACAAGGAGACAAGUGUAGGCUGGAGGAGCCAAAUCUGCUUCAGAGCAUGAAUGAAACCUCUUCCAAUCAGUUAUUCCUUAUAUUCAAGGGCUGCUCCACCUCUUUUAUUUCUGUUCUUUUUCAUUUUGGGUUUCCUCGCUCUUUGCUGUUCUGCAUUUCAGCUGUACCCAGUCCAGGAAAAUGUGUGGUAUUUAUACCAGCCUCACAGCAGGAGAUCUAAAAAGCAGAGAGCUGCGGACAAUACUGGUCCUGGCUGGCAUAAAUAAGGUCUCUCCUGGGGAAUGGGCCGGGCCGGCUAGGUCUUGUUUUAAAUACCAAAAACGAGGGAAGUUCCACAUGUAAAAAACAGGAAGUAGAGGCCUGUGGAGUCAGCUUCUCAGCACACAGUCCUGAUCCUGAUCCUGGCCCUCCACCUUCCUGUCUGGGGGUUCCACUCCGAUCUCCCCACGUCCGGUGUUUGAGGAUGCAGCAGCAGGGACUGCAGGAACCUGAGUGAAACUUAACCACCACAGCUUUUCCUAGAUUUCUUCACACUGUCCCAAAGAAAAAAAGCUGAGCGAGUGUUUGAUGAUCUCACAUGAUCCUCUUCAGCAGGUGGACUGACAAAGUUCAUUUAACAGCUCCCUGGAGGCCACAGUCCAACCAGUCUGAGAAUAAAAAGUUAUGUGAACCUUUCACCGUUGGUUCAGUGCCUUUCUUGGCCAUCACAGACCCGUUUGGGCUUUAGUUUGUAAAACACAGCACAGGCUCAAAGUGUUAGAAGCUGCUGCCUUUAGCUUUGUAGCUUUUGAAACAAUAAGCAUGUUAACAUUUUUUCCAGAAAAAUAAAUGUAUGUACUUAACAUGACUAUUUAUGCAGUUCUACAUACAAAGCCAAAUCCCAAAGUUGUUAAAUCAUGGGAGUUUUGCUGAAGUCAGGACAGGCUCCUGUGAUCUUCAAAAACCACGGGCAUAUGAACCAGUGGUUUUCAUUUCCAUGGCAACUUCAUCAACUUUUUCACUCAGCUUAAAAAAAUUAGAAAUCAGUCUGUUUUUUUUUUUUUUUUGUAGAAGGUGGUCCUCAGGAUCCCCCACUCUGGCUAGUUGGUGCACCAUAGAGGCUGUCAGACAGUCUGUUUUCUUAAAUGUCUUUGUGAUCAGUCUUCUGAUCAUACAGACAUUUUGCCACCAAGUUUACUUGCUGGCUGGAGAUUUUGCAAAGACAGGGGAUGUUGUUGUUGGGCAAAAUCUUGUCAAAACCACAAGUAGAUUUGUCAGCCCUUUUCUGAGGGUAUAGUUGAAGCUAGCUAUAGUGCUGGGGCCGCAGCAAUGUCUGCCCAUUUUUUCUCUCUUACUCUGUCAUGAGGUAAACAGAGUAUAUUGUUUUGUUUCAAACCCUCAGGUUUCUCCUUAUUUUUCACAGUCCAGUCAAACAGAACUAGAUAUUCUUGUGCCUCUCUCAUAUGUUUGUUUGGCUAGUUUACAGCUCCCUGUUAGGUGCUUGCAGAGGUGUACCUAUUUGUUGUUGAAUCAUUGAUGCUAUUGAACAACACAGUGUAAAGAAGACAGGAUAUGCAAUAACAUCAUCUGCAAUAACAUCACACAAGCAUGAUUUUAAUGUUAGAAGAAAAUGACUCCAAGAAGCCUAGAUUGAGUUUGAAGACCACCAUAUACCACACAACCUUGAUGAAAGUAGCACGCUCCAACUUUUGCAGAACUUGUGAUUUAAUCAAACUUUGGAAAUUUGUAUGUGACUAAAAAUUGCUGCAAGUAGCAUAUGGGGGAGGACCAGCAUAAGUUAAAGAGUAAAAGUUAAGUUAAAUUAAACCUGACCUUGCAGCAGUGAGCAUGAAGUUAAUUAUUAAAAGAAAAUGUCAGAUGCUGCUAAAUUUGUUAAACCUAACCUGCACACAAAGGUGGAAAGUGAUCAGUGUUUAGCAGGUUGGAAAAUACAGGACAAAGAUAUAAAGAUUAGAGUAGAAAAUUAUGCUGUGACUGCAUGUGAGUCUCUGGCCCCGAUGGGUAGAGGAAGGGUACUUUGCUGCGCUCGUGUCUCAUUUCACAGUAACUGUGAGAUCCUGAGAGCUUUCUCUUUUGGGCUGAAGACAGACUGCAGCUGUUGUGAGUUCAGUUUCAUGAGAUCUGGAUCCAAUCCCAGAACUUUGUUUUUCAUUUUUCAUGUUUUCAGUGUUAGCCCCUCUCUUCUGGUGCUUUAACAUGCAAUAAAAAAAAAAAAAAAAAAAAAAACGGGGGGGGGUUACUUCAGAUUAUGACUAAUUGACCAUUAAUGGAUGCUGAGUUGGUGCUUUUACAAACAUUUAGAGUGAGCAUUUUCCCUCUUGAUGUCCUGCAGUAUUGGUGCCCAAAACUCUAACAUCUUCGGGGGAAAAACAACUCAGUGGGUUGGAGCUGAAUGUUGUCAUAUCCGGAUGUUAGCACUUUCAAAUCACAUUAACCCAUCAGGCCACCUGUUUCACUUCACCUUCCUCUUAUUUUAACCACAAUUCUUUCACAAAGCAAGUUAUGAUAUCUGAGCUGUUUUUUUGGUUUGAUAAUCAUUUCAUUUUUACAUCUUUUUCAGGGAGUUUUGUAAGUGACAGAAACAUGAUGAUGCCAGCAGCAUGACAUUGACAAAAAAGUACUUCUGCAUUUGUAAAUCAGUUGCAGUUCAUAUCUGAUCUGUUGUGAUUGUGUCUUGCAGAGGUGAAAGACUACGAGCCGGCAUAUGGCUCUAAGGUACGAGAGCACCCCUGUGUGGAGAGCAUGAAGGACAACGUGCUGAGAGACAGAGGCAGACCUGAGAUCCCAGACAGCUGGCUUACACAUCAGGUCAGACAAACUCUGAAAUCACAUUGACAUACCAGCAUGCAGACACUUAAAACUAGUGCUGAUGGCUAUUAAGAAGUAACCACUCUCACAUUUAUUAUAGUUUUGUAAAGAAGUUCAGUGAUGUAAAUUAUCCUGAUGUUUAAUUUUGCCCCAAAAUUUUAGCUUCUUCCUGACAGCAACUAAAUCACUUUUCUGCAUUACCUGCAAAUUGGAAUGUAACUUAGUCCACCGCCAUUAGCCUUUUAAAGCAUGAAAUAGUGAUAUGAAACUGUCAUAUGCUCAUGUGACAGAGCAGAAAAGAGAGGACCAAAGACUGGAUGUGUUUUAAACCAAUCAUGAAGGAAGCUCUUUACUGUAGUUUCCUUGACUGAGAGUCAUGAUUAACAUUUGAUUAAAUAUCUAACAGUAUUAAUGUCAGAAGUCAACUAGGAUGACAUGGUAAUAAAGACCACAACCUGAAGAACAUCCAACUUACAUUUAGGAGGUCUGAUGACACUUGCAUGGUCUCUAUGGCAACACUCUAUGGUCAAAACAGUGACUAUAAUUGGUUAUCCAUUUUUUAUGUGGAUUAUCAGUGAAAUAUAUUAACUUCACUCCAAAACAAGGUCUACUUUCACCAUAAAGACACCAUCAGGAUCAUUUCAGAAUCAGGAUCAUCUCCUUUCAUUUCAAUGAACCACAUACAUAUGACUCACAGUAUUUGGUAGUUUAUGCAUUGACAAAAAGCGUGAUCACAUUUACUCUCAUUGAUAUUCAGAUGACAAUUUUGAAAACAAUUGGUCAUGAUUGAAUCAUAAAAACAACAAACCCUUGAACGAACUGCUUCCCCCAUUAUGUGUCCCAGAGUCAGUUCAGACCUCCAAACUCUCUGUAACCUCUUAGCUGUGCCCCAGUACUCUAAGGGAUGCAACAUUUUGAGGCUAGCUGCCUGUGGUCUCCACAGCAGCUGCUUCUGUGGUCAGUUUUCCCCGUCUCUUUUACCGUCUGAUGACUUCUCAUGCUGUUUCUUUUAAACCCGCUCCACCCUGCUCCUCUUUUUUUCUCCUCAUGGUGAGUUACCUUCCACCUUGUUUCCAUGUUUGGAGGUUUGGUUCAUCCUCCUAGCUAUUAAGUUGGUUCCUCGGCUAUACAUGUGUCCAAUCAGAUAGCGUGUUUCAUGAGGUUAUGUUUCAACCAGGUAAAGAUAUUUGUAAAACACGCUAUGCAUGAAACUGAACAUUGAAAGAUCCAAAAACAGUACAGUUUAAACUUAGUGCAUAAAACUAAAGCUAGAUUUACAUUUAUGAAAACGUGUUUGGCACAAUAAAGUGAAGCAUGCAGAGCAAAGAGGGCACAGCAAAAAAAAAAACAUAAAAAAUGCUUCCUUUAUGAGACAUUUAAAUAACAUAAUAACGCAGCUGUGAAUCAAUUUGUCUUGAAUGUAUAUGUCAUAUUGUGACCCAUACUGGCCUCAGCGUUCUGCACAUGCUCCAGAUUUCAUGCACAUCCCAAGCUUUGAUCCUGAAGUUGAGGAGCAUAACCACAAAGAAAGCUAAGUGGUAAACAAAGCUUUGACAGAAGAAGAGAGGGAGAAGAAAAUUGAAGUUGUCUUGAUUUGUGACAUAAUUGGUCAUCUGGGGGACAGUUGAGCUGUUGUGCUGAAAGGGACCUGUCUCACCUGGCAUUGCAGAAGCAGCCAUACUGCAGUCAACUACCUGGUUUUUGCACAGUUCCUUGGACAAAGACAGUAGUCCAGUAAAUCAGGCCAAAACCACGGCUCGACUUAAAUGUGCAACGAACUGCUGGAAGCAAAUUAUAAUUAUUGUCCUCUCCUCCUCCUCUCACAGGGUGUUGCAGUGAUCUGUGCUACCAUUAAAGAAUGCUGGGACCAUGACCCCGAGGCCCGACUCACCGCCCACUGCGUAGCUGAACGUAUAUCAGAGUUGGAGGAAGAGAUGGACAAACUGUCCAACCGCAGCUCAUCAGAGGAGAAGAUCCCAGAGGAGCAGAAGAUCCCCAUUGAGGUGGAGAUGCCAGACAUGGUGAAAAUCACAGAAAUACAAGAUAUAAUAGCCGUGGACUGUUCUGUCAGUGAUGAAAAGUGAGACACACAUGGACUCAUUGGGUGAUUUUUCAACAAGAGCACUUAUUCUGCUUGUAGGGGGAUUUAAAAAAGAAACCUCUGCAGUGAUUUUCAGGAGCUGAGCUCCUGAAUCCCAGGACUUUGAGUAGGGUUACAUUAUUGUUUCUUAUUUUAACCCUGCAGAGGGUCUCUGGGUUUUGCUCUUGAGCUUAACCACCUCUUAUAUGUAACAACCUGCCUUAAUCAGCUGAAAAGCCAAAGAGCCAAAACAAAGGUAACUGGAAGCUUCCAAAGAUGUGCAGACAGUAUUUUCAAGAGUCAGACAGGCUUCUGUGUCAUUGUCAGAAAUAAAGAGGGCAGUAACUGUUAAACCAAAGACAUUUGAUGUGCACUUUACGCUUUGAUACUUAAGCAUUACAGAUGUGUGUUGUUCUUAUAUUGUUGUGUAUUCUAACGAAAGUCUGCCUGAAAGUGUUCUUGUGUUUGACUUUGAGCCGGCAGAGAUGCUGCCUCUUGAUGAUGCUGUGGGCUCAGGACCCAGCAGCAGGUAUCCAAAGGAAAGUUUGUGUGUGUGUAUGUGUGUGUGUGUGUGUGUGUGUGUGUGUGUGUGUGUGUGUGUGUGUGUGUGUGUGUGUGUGUGUGUGUGUGUGUGUGUGUAUAUACUCAUGGGUUUAAAGAUGUUUUCAGAUUAAAAGCAUUGCUUUUUUUUUUUUUGCUUUUUUUCUUUUUUGUGGGGCACUGUAACAGUUCAUGGAAAAGCAGAUUUCAAUGCGACAAGAAAAAUUGAACAGCCUCAAGGAUCUCAGAAGAACCAGAAGCAAGUAUUUUAUUAAAGACUUAAUGAGGACUUUUAUAACCAGUCCUCUGUCACAUUUGGUGACAUGACUGUUCUGAGAGCCUGUGGUGAGGAGACCAAACUUCCCCGUUUCAUAGGAGUAAAUAAAAAGCAAAGGCCCAGACCCAGAAACAGUGUCUAAAGGAGGAGUUGGGCUGGAUGUUGUGAGGUGGUUUGUGGAUGAAGCAUAAAGUUUAGAUAAAACAGUGAAUGAGCAGAAGGUAACUGAGCUGUCAGCUGAUUCAAGCUGGCGUUAAGGCUGGUCUCUUUUAGACAUCCUGGUACUGAGCAAAGAUAAAAUUAGCAAAAUCAAAUGCAGUUCCUGGAGGAGAAAACCAAAUCACUCACAAUGUCUGCUUAUCCAGAUGACAGUAUGGAGGUAUGACUAUCAGAUUCUCUGGUGAUAUCACACGGAUAACAAAAGGCAGUAAAGUUGCAUCUGUUUUGAGCUGAACACACAAACAGUAUUUUUUUUAUUACUCAGCUUUACAUAAUCUAUGUUUGCCAGAUAAGCAAACAAAUUGUAAAUCAAGGCAAGAACUGUACAAAGGGGAAAAACCAGCCAAAAGGGAAAUGUUGCCUGUGCUUAUCUUUGAACACAGAUUGAGAGCUUUCAUAAAGAUGUAUUUUUAACCAUUUUGUAUGUUUUCUAUCUAUAUCUACAAGUGUGUGCCAAAGAUAUUUUAUCCUGCUUUAUACCAACAGUAUGUGUCAUAUGUAAAAUAGUGUAAAUCUUUUAUGAAUUAAAGAUAUUUCUGUACGCUGA